AUGUUUGAUUUUGAUGACUUGGAAACGACGGAUCCGACCGUGAACUCACUGGAGGAUGAAGCGGCAGCUGCUGCCGAGUUGCUCAAUAGCCAGGCCUUCACCGAGCGCCGGGACGCCUGCCGUGCCUUGGCGCAGUUGAAGGCCGCCGCGGAGCCCUACUUGCCACGGCUCUUAGAGGUCUGCGAGUCAGAUGAAGACUAUGAGGUGAGGAAAGCGGCCAAGACAGCCUUGCGCACCUUGCGGGUCAGCGGCAUCAGCCUAGCAGAGGCCAAGAAGCCGCCGAAGGAGGACUCCUUCAAGCGCCCUCGCCUUCAUGAAAAGCAGGGUCCACAGGAGGAGCUCUUUUUCAGCGAUUGGCAGGGGCCGAAGGUGGUCUUCGACAUCAAUGGCCAAAUCUUGGAGAUGUGCCUCGAACAUCAGGUGACGCCCAAGGAAAUCACAGAGAUCUGGGAAAGUUGGCGAUUGCAUUACACGAAGCGCAUACGCUUCGUGGUGACACAUGGAGACGAAGCUAGAUCCCUCCUGCGAGAUGAGCCGAUCCCGCUCCUUCCGGAGGUGGUGAAGUUGGAGGUAGCUGUGGGCAGCGUGCUGCUUCCCUUGGCAGGUGUCCUGCGGGAAUUCGGGCAUUUGCCACCCAAGGAGGCAGCUCCAUGUAGGUUGAUGGUGUUCAGGUGCCGAAGUUGGUGCAUUCUGGUGCUCAUGAAAGCAGCAGCACGAGAAUCUCUCCAGUAUGAGUCAGUGGAGCAACUGGAGAAGCACCAUCAUCCUUGGAAAUAUCUCCCCUGGCAGGCGCAGUUUGCUCAAGAUCGGAGACUGGUGGAGUUGAUCUUCCGGAACCGAAGACACGGCUUCUUCAUUGAACUGGGUGCAUCCGAUGGGAAGACGGGUUCAAAUACCUAUGCUUUAGAGAUCGGCAACAAAUGGUCUGGUCUUUUGAUUGAUGCUUUCGAGCAUGAGGACUGCAAGAAGAAUCGGCCCGGAUCGACCUGUGUGGAAGCUUGUGUUGCGGGCAGUGAGAAAGCCCGCGUCAUACUUGAGAAUGGUAUGCGGAGUGUCUUGGUGGAGUUCCUGAACGAACAUAUGAACUUCACACCUUCUCUCCGAAAUUGCACGACAUUGCCGAAGAUUCUCAAGAAACACAAGGCUCCACGCAGGAUCGAUUGGCUGAGUCUUGACGUGGAAGGUGCUGAACUUGAGAUUCUGCGGCCCCUCCUGGACGAGCCAGCUUAUUUGGUUGAUGUGAUUUCACUGGAGACCUGGCCUGGGAAUAAGGAAAAGUAUGCCGAGUUCAUGCACAGGCGUGGCUACCGACUCAUGGAGAGACUUGGCCUUGAUGACGUCUACGUGCGGGAAUGGAGCUCUGAUCAAGCCUAUUGCAAAGAGGCUUCCGUUUCCAGCUCUCUGCAAACCACCGUGCGAAAUGCACUCCUUAUCAUGGGCUCCAGCCGCCAGGAAGGGGAUGCAUGGAAAAGCCUCAAGCGGGCUCGAAACUCCUCAAGAGCAGUGCUGGAACGCGUGUCACGGCUGGCGAGAAAGAAGGAUUGCAAGACUGGGGAGCUGAGCAUUCGAUUGUUGAAUUUGCUCUUCGACACAACGGACCAGUUCGUGCAAGAUGUGUGCAGUGGUAUCGGUUUGGAGGGUGAAGAGAUACUUAACUUGGUACACCCAAUGCACCCUUUGGACAAGUGCUCACCUUUCUUCAGCUUAUCAUUUAGCAGGAUGAGUUUCUUAGCCUUGGUUCAAUCUGAUUGGCCAAUCUUCGACUUGCUUGACAUGCUCGCCACGAAGAUGUAUCAGAAGACCUUUGGACCUUUACAAGAAUGUGCUGCCUUGGGCAUUGAAGUCAAUGCUACAGUUCUGCAAUAUGCGGACCAUAUCCGUGGUCAGAGCAUGAUUUGUGGAGCGUUCCACAGCGCAGUGAACUGCCUUCAGAGAGCUUUGGCCUCAAGUCCCAGCGACGGGACCUUUUUCCAGCUCAUUCAGCAGGCUGAAAGCAGGUUAAAGGGCAUCGCUUUACAGAUGCAGGUUUGGGAUCAUUUUGCGGUGGCUGGACAACUUCGCAAAGAGGAGAACCCAUACCGCUUGCUGAGCCAACUGCAACGUAGCUGGUUGACCUAUCGCUCCUCUAAUCCAGAGGCCCGGCUGGUCACAAUGUGA